AAUGGCAGCAGCAGCCGCUGCAACAAGGGUCGCAGAAGUUUCUGAAACUACAAAAAUAUAAAGACAACAUUAAGAGACAAUCAUGAACAGCAAAGAUUUUGUAGUUAUUCCCUGGGGAAAACCUGGACAUUCUGUAAAACUAAAAUAUAAACAUGCUCAGGAACUGAAAAUGGAGAAAAUUCAGCUAGAACUAGAGAAUCAAAAGAUGGAAAAGAAAAUACAAGAGUUCCAAGCCACAUGGAACAAAGGAAGAGAAGAAAUUAAGGAAAAUGGAUAUCACUGGAAAUCUGGAAGGUUGAGCAAAUUGAGUAACCAAUCAUACAUGACGUCACAAAGUAAAACGAAUGCCACUAAGCUCUCUGCUGGAAAAGUGAAAUUGAAGUUACUAAAGGAACAGACUCAAGCACCAUCGAAACAACCAGGUAAUUACACAAUGGCACAUUCUAUUGGAAGUGAAAAGCCCAAGACUAAGAGGAAAGUUUGUGGACAGUGUGAGAACAAAGCUGCUCUCCUUGUAUGCCUGGAAUGUGGCGAAGAUUAUUGCUCAGGCUGCUUUGCUAAAAUGCACCAGAAGGGGGCACUGAAGUUCCACAGAACAACUCUUUUGCAGCCAAAAUCUCAAAUCUUAUCCAGCGUUUUAGAUGCUGCCCAUCAAUUUAUCAAGGAAGCAAAUCCACCCAGUGAAGGGAGUAAUUCUGCAGAGGCAUCCAGUAAAAUCCAGCAUAAACCCAAAACCCCACUUCUUCAGGAGAAUAGCUCUGAGGUUGAAAUUACAGCAGCCGAAAGAGGAGAAGGUUUCAAGCCCUUGUGUGAAAUGCCUUUUGAUGAAGAAGCAUCUGCCCAGUUAUUCCAGGAAGCCUUAACUCAGUGGAGAGCUGGAAAUCAGGAGGAAAACAUGCAACAGAAAGGACAUGAAAAAAAACCAAUGUUUGUUUUUAUAGACUCAGUGGAAGAAUGUGAAGUACAAACUAAUUUGAAAAUUUGGACAGAACCAAUUAAUAUCGAAUUUUCAGAAGACAGUCUGUCAUACAUGGAAAAAUUAUGGCUUAAGAAACACAGGAGAACUCCACAGGAACAACUUCGUAACAUGCUCCCAAACACAUUCACACAUCCGCGUGAGGCUACUGCAGAGGCACAGUGCACUAAGAAUGAAAAUGGUGCUGACAGUGAUGUUGAGGAGAUCAAAGUAAAACAUCCACCCCUUUUUAUGCCAGUAGAAAAAGUGAAUAUAGCGAGACCUCCACCAUCUGUAACAAUAGUAGAACUGGAUAGUACUCACAAAGAAGAAUUUGAAGAACCAGAGAAUACAGUGCCUUACAGAGUUGAAUUGGCUGGUGCAGAGAGUCAACUAAGUUCUACAUUUCCUGAUCAUCGGAAUUGCUUUUCUUGUGAAAAUGGCAUUCAUCAACAUCUUGUUUUCAACAAGGGAAAAACAGAUAUCUUAAAUUUUUGUUUAAGAACAAACUCUACAUGUCACAAGGUUGACUUAAAAGCAACAGAAUCUUCAAACACAGACUUUGUUAACACUGUGGAGUUGGGUAUUCAUUCUGAUGAGUUCCAAAACCUAGAAGAAACCAUCUCUUUUGAGAAAAAUGUAAUGGAGAAAAAUAUAUACCCAGGAAAUAACCAAAAUUCUGUUGAUUCCUGCAUGCCAAUUGCAAGCAAGCGUUCCUUGUCAACCAUAAAUUUAACUACAUCUUUCAUGGAUGAGAAUUUAUCUCUAGACAUCAUCAGGUCGUUGGAAUGCAGCAAUCUAAAUGAGAGGCCAAACUUGGAAGAUUCAAGCACUACAAAGCCACCACUGUUAUUACAAGAAAUAGCCCUCAGAAAAAAACCUAUAAAUGAGCCAUAUCAAGGACUUGAGAAGUUCUUUACUCCCGAUAAAAAUGAAAGACUCGACUCUCUUCCUUCAUCAAGCAUAGAAUGCUGCGAUUCCUGUUCCGGGAUAACAGUCACAGAAAACAAAGUGUGGAUCCCAGACAGCAGCUUAAAUAGGCAUGCUGGUAUUCAAGGUGCCUUGUGCAAUCUGCAGAGUGAUAAAAAUCUUCUUCCAAAUAUGCAACAGCAAAAGACAGACCAAACCCCACAGAGACCUGCAACAGUGCAUCUCCCUGUUUCCAGAUCCACUCGAAAUGGUUCCAGCCACCAUUUGUCCUCUUAUCCUCGACCAAGAACUGCAGCUGUUGAAUCCCUAUCCAAGGCUGCCUCUGAAAUUUCAGAAAUUGAAUACAUUGACGUCACUGAUGAGAAUGAGGUUUUCGGAGAUCCGACUGCUGAUCAACAAGCCUUAGACACUUUGGAGAAAGAAUUAAAUGUGCUGAGAAACCUGUCAGGCCCUUCAGAAAAACUUCACUGUCUACCAUUAGAAGAUUUAAGUCAGGUGUCCAAAGACCUCCUUGGGAUAUUAUGUGAGAGUGACCCCUAUGGAACUGAGUUCAGCUCUUCUAGAAGAAAUACCGAAAUGCAGUCUUCGCUGUCACCUGGUGAUUACAGUACAGAUGAGGAAGCGGAAGAUUUUCUUGACAAGCAACAUGUCGGUACACUACCCUGGGCGAAGAAUGUUUAACAGCUCAUUACUUUUCCAUUUUUACCCAGAAUAAACCAAACAACGGAGUGAUUAACUUGCCCAGGUAUUGAAGAUUAUUAAUGACUCUGCUGUUUCUAAGCUUGGAAGCUAAUAAAGAUUAGUGA